CUCCGCUGAUCCAGUAGGUAUUGACAGACCCUCAUCCCGAGGACAGGACCGUGUGGUGUUUUUUUUCAAGGCGUUCUUCUCGUGUUUGUGUCCGUGUUUUCUGCACAACAUGCUCCACCCGCAGAGGUCUCUGUCCGAGCUGCCGAAGAUGUCCACGGCCAGCCAAGUGGAGAGAGCCGUGCUGGAGGAAGAAUUCAACUGGCUGCUGAAGGAAGAAGUACACUCUGUUUUAAAGCAGCUCCAGGAUGUCCUCAAGGAGGCAUCUAGACGUUUCUCCAUGCCGACGCCAGGCCUGGAGAGUCAGCAAAAACAGGAGAACUUCAUCCUCGGCAGCUCAACCAUGGAUCAAGUGAAGGGGGUGCUGACUCUGCAGGGAGAGGCUCUGACUCAGGCUGACAUUAAUCUGAAGGUUGCUAAGAGCAGCCAAGUGUUGCACUUUCAGUUCAGAGAGGACAAGAUGUGGAAGCUGCAGCAGAUUCAGGAUGCCAGGAACCAUGUGAACCAGGCCCUGCAGCUGCUUGGCAGCCAUGAUGAGAGCUACCACUUCAAGACAGGGGCUGAGGUUAAUAAGCUCAUGGAUGCAGUGAUGCUCCAGCUGACAAGAGCACGGAACCGCCUGACCACCCCGGCCUCCAUGACACUGCCUGAGCUGGCCACCAGUGGUCUGAUGAAAAUGUUCACUCCUCCCAUGCCUGGGGAUGUGAUGGUGAACUUCUACAUUAACUUAAGCAAACUGUGCUUGACCGUCUACCAGCUCCAUGUGCUGCCUCCCAACACCACGAAGAAUUUCAAGCCAGCUGGAAGCUCAGUGUUGCACAACCCAGGAGCAAUGUUCGAGCUCAACAACAACCGGUUUGAGGUGAGCCACGUUCACAAGGUGGAGUGUGUGGUGCCUUGGCUCAAUGAUACGCUGGUCUUCUUCACCAUCUCUCUGCAGCUCUGUCAGCAGCUCAAAGACAAGUCUUCUCCAGUUUCUGGAACUACAGACCUUUCUGAUCCACUUCCUGUCCCUCCUCCAGAGACCGGCAGACGCAAACUAACCAUGCAAGUGUAAGGGACAUCCUGGGAAGGUUUCCGUUUGUUUUGUAUAUGUAUUUAUCAUCCCGUCAUUCAGUUUCAAGUGUUGCAUGAUUAGCUGAAGGAGCCAAUCAAACCCCAACAGAUAUGAAUAUUGCCAGAUGUGUUCGCCAACUGACGGACAUUUCUGUGUGUGUGUGUGUGUGUGUGUGUGUGUUGCAUCUCCCAGCACUUACUUGAACUCCUCCAUGAAUGAAUGUAAUUGUUACUGAUUUCUUUUUAGAAUUUAUUUUGGGAUUAUUUGUUGCAUUGCAGCAACUUAGUACUUAUUGACAAUGUAUCUGGUCAUCAUCUGUGAUGUUGUGUGGAACACUAAUUAGUGCACUCAGGGCUGAAAGACUAAGCAGCACUAAGGGUCACAGUGGUCACAGUUUUUUUUCUGAUGAGUUCCCUCACAGAUGUUUCAAUUCUUCAUCAUCUCAUUGCAGCCCCUACAAUAUAAUAAUACUUUCUUCAAAAGGGCACUCAAAGGUAUGACUAGACUACUGUUUAGUGUGUUCUGGGGCUCUGGAGCAGUUUAGUCUAAAUCUGAGAAAUUGACUGAAGUGACAUCACAGAGUAAUCCUGUUGUGUUUUCAGAGCCCAUUGGUUGGCAAUGGUCUAAAUCAAUGGAUGAGUUGGUAAACUGUUCUGUUUUCCCUUUGGUUCAGCUUCUUUUCAUUCUGAAAAAAAAUCAAAGCAAAACCAAAGUGCAUCACUAAAAGCCAUGUGGGAACAUUCUCACUGCUCGUUGGUAAGAUAUGCCAGAACGUAAACAGAGAAAGGUCCAAGAAGCUCUUCUCCGCCCAAAACACUUCCAUUUAUUCUCCAGCCAACUGCUGACGACGAAUUGAUCUCACUCAUUGGCAUCCCAGAAUGCAAAGCUCUCCUGGCUAUGGGAGCCCUUUAGGUCAAACUUGCAGAGUACGUCUUGUAGUUUAGUCAGAUUGAAGUCGGCUCGCAUUCCCAUCACAAAUGAACUGCAUGAGAGUUAAUGUGUGACCGGACUGAGACCGCGUCCUGUAAACAGCUGUGUUCAGAUCUGCCCUGGACAAUCACACCAAGAGGGGAACCCGAGUCUGGACUAAAGUACGUAGGCAACACCCCUAGUUUGGGUUUGGAGCCCACUCAUUUCAUAUUAAAUGACUGUUAGAAACUGGAAGUGCAGCGUUUAAAAGAAGUGGGCAUUGACUAGUAAGGAGGGUCCAACGAAAGAUGUUGUUGAGUUGCAUUAUGGGAUGUGUAAGAGUGUUUUAGUACCUGUAUUGGGCACUUAAGAUCAGGAUAUUCCAACCUCUACUGAACAGAUUAGACCUAUUUUAGGUAAUAUGUCUGUUGUAAAUCCCCCAACUCUAGUAGUAAUCUUUUAAUCAGUGCUUUACAGAACAUCCAGCUGUACUGGUGAAGCUGUCCAGCACUGGAUCUGCUCAUGGUCCCCUAAUGACACUACUCACUUCUUUAGAAAUCAGCCCCCCUUCAUAUGCGAGUGUGUUUCAGCUUCACUAUUUCCAUAGUCAUGCUCACUAUACUUAAAGGUUCUCUACACGACAUUCAGAGCAUUAAUAUCUCAUCAACAACCAUCAUCUCUGUAUAGAUAUAGAGGAGUAAUGUCUCCCUGAUCAAAGAAGGACUCCUUUCUCCCUCUGUGUGUGUUGUAAUCAGAGCUUCUCUCUGCUUUGUUCACAUAGCCAGGCCAGCUGUGUGCUUUUGGUGCAUGUUAGUGCACGUGAGCGCGCCCCACUGGUUAGCUCACGGCCGGCGCUCCACCGUCCUCUAAUAACGAUGGUUACAGCUGAUAAUGCCAUCCCGACUGACAGCGUCGUCAUGGAAACGUUGCGUCCACCCUCUGGUUCCUCCUCAGGUUAAAACUGUUAGCAAUGUUGCGUUGUUGUUAGCGCUGUAAGCAUUGUUAGCUUCUAGCAGCUGGUUCAGCCGACAGAAUACAACAGUAUUGCAAAGAGAGGGCAAAGGGUUUUCUAAAGGGGAGGGAAAAGCCUGAGCUGUGAUGGGGAUGCAUAGUAUUAGGAAACAGUUCCCACUGUGACCGUUUAACACAAACCUGUUGGUGACAGAUGGUACUGUUCGGUCAGUUCAUUCUCUGACCCUACAGUGUUUGUCGACCAGGUCCAAGGCCCGGCCUCCCAGACACACUUUGAUGUGGACCAGCUGAGGACUUCCCCUUCAACACUUCACACAGAUGAAGUCCAUCAAAGUACUUGAGGGUUCACACCUUAUGCCAUAGUCUCAUUUCAUGGCAUGGGUAGGAGAGAUUCCCACGGUUACCAGUUGAGAACGUUCACGUCAUCAAGAUGGUUGUAUUACUAAACAAAACACGGUUGACAUUGUGAAGAGGACCUGCUUCCCAUGUAGAUAUGAAGAACUCAUUGUAAGCUGAUAUAAACACAAUGGUUGUUAGUUUCAGGUGAUUAUACAAUAAUGAACAUAGUUAUUUAUAUUAUAUUAUAUUUCUGCUAAUAGAUCCACAUAAAGCCUACACACUGGCCCCUUUAAGUGUCAGGUAUGAUGUAUCAGAGCGUUCUGAGAAACCUGAGAUUCCCAGUCGUAAUCACAACUUGGAUGUUGACGUGAACGUUGCUAACAAGUUUGAAACUCUGGUAACUCUGGUGUGACCUCAAGGGGCAUUGGUGUGGACGUUGGAGCCGGGCUGCUGCUCUGUUUAGUCUAGUUUAAUUGUUUCUGUAUAGUUUAUUGCUCCAUUUGGUGGAAAUGACUUCACUCACAUUCCCUGUCCGUUACUGCAUGGAUGUAACUAAAUAAUAAGCUAUUUGUCACGUCUGCUGAUUCCAAGUGUUCGUCUGCUCUGUGUUCAUAUUUAUUUGACGCGUUUUGCACACAUGUUGUUGAUUCCCUGUGAACCAAACACUAAUCCAAUCAUGAACAAAUGACUUCAUUCCAGUAAGUGUUAAUCUAUUUUGAAAAGCUGCCUCUGAUAUAUAAAUGUGUAAAUGAUUUAUCUGAUAUCUGUGCAAUAAAAAAUAUUGUAAACAAUAA